AUGAAUACUGUUGUCAGUGAGGUCUACACCAAUUUUGUUUUUUAUCCUUCUUUACAGUGGACGCUGAUAUGUGACAAGGACUGGAUAGCCUCUACAAUCACUACUAUUCAGAUGGGCGGCUUACUGAUCAGUUGUGUGGUAUCUGGACAUGUGGCAGACAAUAUCGGCAGGAAGCCGACAGCGUUUUUGUCUUUGAUCGCACUCGCGGUACUGAAUCUUGUUGCGGGAUUCUCAACGUCAUGGCAAAUGUUUGCAGUUCUUCGAUUCCUGCUCGGAUUCGGUAUCGGUGCCAACCUGACAGUAUUCUAUAAUUACGUGAUCGAGUUUCUUCCUACAAAACGAAGACCCCUGAUCGUUGCCUUUCCAUCAUGGGCACUCUGGGCAUGUGUGUUUGGGUUUAUGUCGAUGUGGCUACAUGACUGGAAGUACCUCCAUUUCUCGAUACCUAUGCUGGUACUGCCCUGUCUCUGUAUGUGGUGGUUCCUGCCAGAGAGUUUCCGUUAUCUUGUCACUCACAAACGACUAGAUGAGGCCAAGGAAGUCAUCUACAAAAUAGCACGAAUUAACGGCAAACCGGAACCUGAUAUGAGUAAGAUGAGUUACCUUGUUGAGGAAGACCUGAAAGUCGACUCUGAACGGAAGUACAGUAUACGAGAUGUAGCGAUGUCUCCACAUUUACGGAAGAUUACGUGCUUACAGGGCAUUGCAUGGAUGUCUUGUGGAUAUGGCUUUUACGCAAUUUCCUUUGGAGUCCAGAGUUUAUCUGGAAGUUUGUACCUCAAUAUGUUUCUGUUGAGCGUAGUUGACAUUCCAGGUCAGGUUUCAUCCUAUUUCCUUGCCAACAGAUUUGGUCGAAAAUGGACGACAUUGGUUUUUCUGUUGGUAGCAGGCUUAACUGGAUUCGUUGUGGCAGCUUUACAAAUAUCUGGUAAUGCUUCGAUAUAUGUACAUUUGGUCGGGACCGAAAGUUUGAUGUUUUAUUAAAACUAUUUAAAGUCAAACAACGCAUCUAGAUAUAAGGCAAUAUAAACCAAAUCUUCUACUGACAUAAUA